CGCAAACGAGAUCUCUCGUUUUAGCCACCAAAGCGAUCCUGAUCGGCCAAAGAGGUAGGUAACAUGGGAUGCAACAUGAGCCGUCUCGCCAAGGCGGUCAUCUCGCUCACCAUCAUGGUGAUGCUGUUCAUGCCUGCUGCCAUGGCGGCCACAGUCGCCAGCUUCGACGCCACCCGGAGCCAGCGCAUACCUCUACCUGACGGAUCGGUUAGAGGGCCAGAGAGCGUGGCGUUUGAUGGCCAAGGCCACGGUCCUUACAGCGGCGUCUCCGACGGACGGGUCCUCAAGUGGAACGGCGACGAGCUCGGCUGGACAACCUACACGUCCAGUCCGGACUACAACAGCGACGCGUGCAGGUUGGCCAAGCUCCGUCCAGCGACUAACCCGGAGACACUCUGCGGCCGGCCGCUUGGCCUACAGUUCCACCACAAGUCCGGAUAUUUAUACAUUGCGGAUGCCUACAAGGGGCUCAUGCGAGUCGGACCUGGUGGAGGGGAGGCCACGGUGUUGGUCAGCGAGAUUGAUGAUAUACCUCUCCGUUUCACCAACGGGGUUGAUGUCGACCAGAUUACCGGCGAAGUCUAUUUCACGGAUAGUUCCAUGAACUACGAUAGGUCUCAACACGAAUUGGUCACAAAUACGCACGACGCAACAGGCCGUCUCCUGGUGUACGAUCCUGAGACGACACAAGUCAGGGCUCUCCAGGCUGGGUUGGCGUAUCCAAACGGCGUUGCUAUCAGUACCGACCGGACACACCUGGUGGUCGCGUCUACUGGACCUUGUAAGCUACUAAAGCAUUGGAUCAGAGGCUCCAAGGCAGGCACAACAGAGCCUUUUGCUGACCUGCCGGGCUAUCCUGACAAUGUGAGGCCCGACAGGAAAGGUGGCUACUGGGUGGCGUUACACGGGGAGAAGAAUGAGUGGCCCUUUGGUGUCGACAAUCAUCUUCUAGCUGUGAGGGUUGGAGCCAACGGAAAAAUAGCUGAAGAGAUGAGAGGCCCAAAAAGAGUAAAACCAUCUGAGAUAAUAGAGAGGGCCGAUGGCAAUUUAUACAUAGGUACCAUGGAUGGGCCAUACGUUGGUGUAGCUACCCGCAAAUAGAAGUUGACUUUCUAUAAUUCUAAGUUGCUUCCGUCGAGUUGAGUGCCGUAUGUUUGUCUAGUAGUUACACACAAAUAGGAGUUCGUCUAUGUUUUGUGUUUCUAGGUGUAUUUUAAACUUUUUCUUAUGUAAUUCUACCUGGAUAUGAAUAAAUUCUAUUUUAUAUGUUGAUAUCGACAGGCCGUGAGCCCCCCACAGUGAUAUUUUGUGUGUUUGAAAAUUUGCUAAUUGCUGAUGUAUAAUACAAAGUUGAACAGACGCAGCGCGUGAGUACCUUGCAAGGGUCAGUUUCGGGUACCAUACAUGCUGGAACAUGCUGGAACAGAGAGAUGGCUGUUAUUCUGUUAAUGAUCAUGUAAUCCAGUACCUUAGCAAUCACAAGUUAAUACCCUUGUU